UGCAUGCCAUGCCAUGCGAUGCCAGCCAAUGCGCUAUCUCGAUCUCCAUUAACCUCUUCUCCGUCUUCCUCCUAGCUAGCUAGCUUCUCGCACGCGUUGCCGGCGCCCGGGACGACGGCCAUGAGACCUGUCGCCUGAUCGAGCUGUGGUACGCACGGUGUUGUCGGACAAUGAGGAUCAUGGUGCGGACGCUGCGCGGGGACCGGGUGCUGCUCGAUGUCGACGGCGCCACCACGGUGGCGCAGGUCAAGGGCAUGGUCAUGGCCCGGGAACGCGUCCCGGUGGCCAUGCAGCGGCUCUUCUUCGCCGGCCAGCACCUCGACGGCGACCACCGGACGCUCGCGCACUACGGCGUGCAGCACGACUCCGUCGUCUUCCUUAGCCUCCGCCUCGCCACCGAAGAGUACGUGAAGGAGAUGCACAAUGUGCGACUGAUGCGGCCGGAACCGGUGACGACGAAGCAAGAACUGCAGCAGCAGCAGCAGCAGUUGCAUGUCCAUGGCGCCGUGGACGACGACGGCGCCGCCGAUGAGGAGGAGGAUGUAAUCAAGAGGAAGUCGGCGUCGCGGCGCGCGCUCCGCAAGAUCCUCUCGCGGCUGCACGUGGACGCGUGGACGAGCCAGCACGACGCCAAGCUCCUCGACCUGCUGCUGCGGCUGCGCCGCGCGGGCGGCGGACGGAACGUGGGCGACCUCACCGGCGCGGAGUGGUCGGCCAUCCGCGCCGAGCUGAACGCGGCCACGGGUUCCGGAUUCCCCGUGGAGGAGCUGCAGCGGCGGCUGGGCAAGUUCCGGCAGGAGUUCGAGGCCGCGGGCCGGAUCAAGAACCACCCCCGGUUCAGCUACGACACCCGCCGCCGCGUGGUCGUCGCCAAGAAGGCCGACUGGAAGAACUACAUACUGGAGAACCCGGAGGCGGCGGCGUACGAGGGGAGGAGCGCGCACCUGGGCCGCCUGCGAGCAAUCUUCUCCGGCGACGGCGACGGCGGCGGCGGCAAGAAGCAGAGUUGCCUGAGGAAGCUGCUGCGGAUGUUUGGGCUGCGAUUCAAGCUGUAGAUAGACGAACUGUUCGUCAGUUCUAGAGCAUUUCGAUGAUCUUUACAGUAGUUUCAGUGAAUUCUUUUCUUCGAUUCACAAAAUUCUCCUGCGAUUUUACUGUUUCCAAUCGAAGCUGCAUCACUCCGAGCUGAAGCAACGCAUCUUCAGUUGCUUGAAAUUUGCAAAAGGGUGAUCUGCUGUUGUGGCUUGGUUAAAUACUAAUCAGACUGACAAGUGUUAAAUACUUGGAUGCUUGCGUGUGAUUUAAGCCCGAAUAAAUUGAUCCACGGAUGGCAUCAGCCAGAGUUCU